AUGGCUGACAAGACGCCGAAGGAGCCCGGUGCUCCCUACGCGGCCAGGAUAGACCCGAGGAAAGAGGGUCUGUCCCCGCAUCAGAUGCACUUCAUCAAGCAGGUGGAGCUCGAGCAGAUGAAGAAGAAGACGAAGCUGCUGCGCGGGCGAAACGCGGCCACGGGGCUCGCCAUCGGAGCGCUCGUCCUGGGCAUCUACGGCUACACGUUUUACUCGGUCUCCCAGGAGCACAUUGUGGACGAGAUGGACGAGGAGGCCAAGCGUGCGAGGCCGCACAGUGGUGCCAACUGAGACACUGUUGUUGGACUGCGCGUGCCGCCCCCUGCACUUAACCGACGUGGGACUGAAGUGGGCACUGACGAUUCAUAUUCCACGACUGGCUCUUUUUUUUUUUGUGCAUGUUGAGGGACUCUUUGUCUUGAUUGUGAAGGGUGAUUCUGUGUUUCUGCUGCCGACUUGAAACUGGAUGCGUGUUAAUUUUGAUCUAAGCUUGUCUGUCAGCGGAAAAAUCGGACUAAAUCCACUGACCUCGACAUGACAUCCUAGCCAAGAAGAGGCCCGGACUGAGGAGCGAUUAGAAGCCUUACUUACCUGACAGGUGUCCAGCCCUGGGGAUCAUGUGAUGCGGAAACAGUUUGAGGAGAAUAUAGUAAAUUUCAGUCGGCUAAUGAUGUUAAAUCUACAGUGGCUUUUAACAGCAAAGAAUAACGGUGGCGCUGUUGAAAUGACACAUGGAUCAACUUGGUGAAACAUUAUUUAUGUCGAAAAAAAUCUAUAAAAAUCUAAUGUAUAUGUUUUUUUCCCACACAAUUUUGUCUCUUUGUUGUCUAACUAUGCAGUAAAGAUGACAUAAGAGCAGUGGUA